UACUUAUGCACUGCUUUUAAUCUUUCAUCACAAGUUUCUUUUUUUAAGACUUCAGCGCGGUGCUUUGCUCUUCCAGGACCUUCACACAUCGCCUCCAUUCAGCCAUUGUAGUGGAGUUGAGCAGGGUUCGUGCUGUUGUGGUUUCACAGCGACCAGUAUGAGAUUUUACAGGUUUCAAAUGUUGUUAUAUGACUCCUCUUAGGAGACGUACUACGGUGUAAGGUCGAACACUUCUGCCGUCGAUGAGCUGUGCGGCUGUAAUGUCUGGAGCUGUCGGUGGAGGAGGAGGAGGCUCCUCUUGUCUGGGCGCAGCGGCGGCAGCCAGUUGCAGCUCCGCCGGCUCUCCCUACGCUGCUGCAGCCGGAGGAGGUGCUGGGGUGGCCGGGAGGCUGCCGGCCCGUGUCCUGGAGCAUGUUUUCUCCUAUCUGGAGCUGUCUGAUUUGAUGCGGUGCGCGCUUGUCUGCUGGCAUUGGUACAAUAUGCUGGCGGAUGAAAACAGCGAGGUGUGGCGCAGCCUCUGCAGCCGGACUCUGAGCGAUGAAGCUAUGCGGUCAGACAUCCUGUGCAACCUGCCCACCUACAGAGGAAAACUCAAGGCUUUUCAACACGCUCUCAGCUCCCACGACUGCUCUCGCAACGUCUACGUGAAGAAGAACGGCUUCACCCUGCACCGCAACCCCAUUGCCCAGAGCACAGACGGUGCGCGGGGGAAGAUUGGCUUCUCAGAAGGGCGUCACGCCUGGGAGAUCUGGUGGGAAGGCCCCCUUGGUACUGUGGCAGUAAUAGGCAUCGCCACGAAGCGGGCGGCGAUGCAGUGUCAGGGCUAUGUGGCGCUCCUGGGCAGUGACGACCAGAGCUGGGGCUGGAAUCUGGUCGACAACAACCUGCUUCACAACGGCGAAGUGAAUGGGAACUUCCCACAGUGUAACAAUGCACCCAAAUAUCAGAUUGGGGAGAGAAUCCGGGUCAUCCUCGACAUGGAUGACAAGACGUUAGCCUUCGAGAGAGGUUUUGAAUUUCUCGGAGUAGCAUUUCGUGGACUGCCCAAAGUCUGCCUGUUCCCUGCUGUCUCUGCAGUUUACGGCAACACUGAAGUCACCAUGGUGUACCUGGGAAAACCUCUGGACGGCUAAAAAGCAGAGCAACACGUGCCACCGUUUAAAACUAACAUGCCACCAGAUAGUGCAGGACCUUUCCUGUCAGCAGACUGUCAGCCAUGUUUGUUGCACCGCAUCAAAGGGUUUGGGAGACUAACUGUUUUUUUCUAAGCAAAACAACUCAGCUCACACACACACACACACACAAACAGAACUGUUGGCAUUUCUCCUACAGCUGCACACACAGGCCGAGAGUCAGGUUUUGAACUAGACUACAGAGAAACUCUCGUAAAUGGGUUUCUGGAUCAAACGUGGAAGUGCCCCACCUUUACAGUUUAGCUGCUGGACUUUUUUUUUGUUUUCUUCACGGGACAGGAGAACAUUGAUGUUAUGUCUGUUUGAACGAGGCCAAAACUAUUCUUAACCGUGGCAAAUACUUUAAGACCUAGUUUUAAGAACUGACAGAGUAGUCGAUAUGAAUAGCUGUCGUUUGUACAAGUUAAUGGAAACGGCGCACUGCGGGUUAAUAGAGGUGAAUUUAAAUCAGUGAAUGGAUUAAUAUGGUUUCAUGCCAAAUAAGUGAGACCAAUUGAUGUAUUUUGACAAAGGCAAACAGACUGUGGGGACCAUCUGUCAUGCAUGUGCAUGGACACUGGGUGUGUGGACUGAAACCUUUGCCCUUUUUAAAAUACUCAUCCAGUCAUGGUUGAAACUAUACGCAUAUGAUGUUAAUGUGUGUCCUUUUUAAUGUGCUACUGUAGUAUUACACACUAUUUAUUGGUUUUAUCUAAGGUACUAUUGAUACUGUAUGUGUAAGGCCUGAAAAUAAAGUCUACCUGGUGCCACUCUUAGAAUAAAAGAUGUUCGAUGCUCA